GCAAUAUAAAGCCAUGACAUCACAUUUCCUGACGACCGCUUCCAAAUGCGGAAAGAUCUCGGACUGACUUUUUUUCAAGCUUGCUCCGUCCGAGGAAAAUAAUGAAUGCAGCUUAUUUUUUAAAGCAAUACGGAUUCUCUCUUGACUUAAAUGUGUAUUUUAAGACGUGCCCUAUUUAACGUUGGUGCUGCAUUACUGUCCGUGUCUCUCCCUAUGCACCAUUUUUCUAGGAUUCACACCCUCCAUCUUCCCUCAUCCCUGGUGAUUCAACGCGUUAUGAUGUGAUAUUGGAACAUCAGUGAGCCAGUGGCUGGGAGUGGGAUAGAGCAUGGGAUUGGCCCUCGGAGACAGGAACCACACUCUUAUUCCUGAGGCUCCGAGGUCUCUGGCCCCUUAGGGCACACAAUAGACAGCGAGCAGCUCUGAGGUAAAUUGCGGAGCGGGGCUGAACGGUAUCAUUACUGACCUUUCUGCACAUUGUUUAGCCAGCCUCACCGACAAUGGACACAAUUCAAUGGAUAUCAAUCAACAAAGAGGUAUACGAGGAGGCAUAAAAAGGUGGUGAUGGAGUCUGAGGAGCCAGAGCUGAGGGAGUGUGAUGAAGCCUUUGAGUCAGAUGAAGGCAAUGUGGAGUCUUACCUGGAAGAGCCAGAGAGCAGCAGGGAGCUCCUGGAGAGGCUCAAGGAGCUGGAGGCUGAGAAUUCAGCCCUGGCCCUUGCGAAUGAAAGCCAGAGAGAAGCAUAUGAAAGGUGUCUGGAUGAGGUGGCCAACCACGUGGUACAGGCCCUUCUGAAUCAAAAGGACCUGCGGGAGGAGUGUAUUAAGYUGAAGAUGCGUGUGUUUGACCUGGAGAGACAGAACAAAACCCUGACUGAGCUCUUUGCCCAGAAACUACACCCCCAGGCCAGCCAUCUGCAACAGUUGCAGUUGGUGUCUGUCUCAGAGCACAGCACAGAGCCCAGCACAGAGCCCCUGACCAUGGACAGUGACAAAUUGCUGGUGUCCAAAAACCAGGGGGGACUCAAGAGCAAUGGGGACCGCACACAGAACGGGUCAGCCGCAUCGGCCCGGGCCACCUCCAUGGAGGCCCUGUCUCCGUUUUUCAAGAAGAAAGCACACAUCCUAGAGGUCCUGCGCAAGCUGGAGGAGUCAGACCCACUCAAGUUCCACCCCUCCUCCUGCCUGUCCCCCCACCAUGACCUGGGCCAGGCGCUGGUCUCCAUGGAGAGAGACCAGAUAUCCCUGAUGUCCUCUGAGGCGUUACCUGCCCCACAGCGCUCGGUGGCACACCCAUCGUCACGCUGCCGCCACUCCAGCUCUGACUCAGACAUUCACGAUUAUGCCAAUGGAGAAGGGGCUCUCCAAGAGGACCAUGCCCAGCAACAACAACACGGGGGCUGUCAGUCCUGCCACAUACUCUCCCAGAAGAGCAGCCUGGACAGCCUGCUGAAGUGUGCCCAGGGCCACGGUACCUCACACCAGGCCAGAGUGGAGAUCCUUAACAGGCAGGCCUGUGCAGAGGACCAGGGGGCAUUGGCACAGAGCACAAGCCCUCCCCAGGCAGCGGCUCUUUCCCACCUCCUCUCUGCUGACAGCACAAACCAGUGCUACAUGCACAAAACAGCUUUGGACUUUCUAGAGCGCACUCCAGAAGGUCUGGGUUCUUCUGAUCCUUUCCUCUCCUUGCUAAUCCAAGCCAACCUCAACGGGAUGCUAGGGCAGGAGCCCAGGAAGUUACAAAAACACACAGACAAGCAACCGUCCGGCAAGGUACAGCCCUCUCACAGUGAGGAUAUAAAGCACAUAAAGGCUGUCAUGGCAACGUCGCAGAGCCAGAACGAGGACAGUCCGGAAGAGUGCUGCUACCUGGAAGUAGAGGCAGCGGCACACAAUGUGAACAACAGCCUGCACUCUUCUACCUCACACACAGACCAUGUUGAGACUGAACCAGGAUAUCUCAAGGAGCAGGAAGUGAGUGAUCAGAUCUGCAACGGGCUCUACUUCUCCAAUGAAACGUCUGUCUCCAAGAAGGUGGCGGUGGAAUCUUACUCUCCAGCCCUAGUGCCUGAGAGGAACAGCUCAGCUCAGGCCCUGCCUCCCUCUGGGAAGAGCAAGCUUGCACUCAGCCCCACCUCUCCCUCCUCAGGUCUGAGUGAAGUCAAGCCCUCCCCUAUCUCCUCCCCGUCCCGGCUGCUCAAGUUCCUGAAGAUCCCUCCGGGGAUCAACCAGGCACAACCAGGCAACCCCCUCCGUCUAAGUCCCCAGCUCACCCGCAGCUCCAAGAUCCCCUGCAGGAACAACAACAACUAUGAGGUGUACCACUCUCCCAUCCUGACCUGCAAAGCCACCACCACAGAGAGGGAGAAGCAGCCAUCCUCAUCCUCCUCCAAAACAGACCCCUACCCUGCCACGCACUCCGCCCCCACCUCCCCACCCAAAUCAGAGGACAUUGUGGACACCCCUCCCAUGGCCAAGGAGAUUGCUUUCAGCAGCCACUUUGUGCCCAAACCCAGCGUCAGCACAAAGGCACCCCCCUCCUCUCAUGCACAAAGGGGCUCUCAGAAGGUACCACAAUAUGAGAAUGUCUGCCCCUCAGAUGGGACGCCCCAGUUCCUGGAGGAUCUUAAGACGUCCCAAUACCUCCCUUACCCCCAACCYGAGGGUCCUGUAGAGAAGCAGUGUCAGCAAGAUGAGAACCUCCUCAGCCCCCCGUCUUCACAGCACCCUGACUCGUCCCCAGGGACGGCUGACCAGGACUUCUCUGACCAGGACACUGACUCAGAAAGCCCCGUCUGGCACAAGCCAAACCAACACUUCAGCCUCCCCUCCUUGUCCUCCUCCGCCGUCAGUAAAAAAAAAGCACACAGUAGUCACCCCAGCUACUCCAGCAUGAGAGACAGGCAUCAGGAGCACCGUGCAGCUCCGGAGCCCAGCCAACAGAACUGUGAACCUGCCCAGCCAACCCAGUGUUCAGCCAGGCGAGGUGACCCCAAGAGACUGGUGCAGGGCAAGACUCCCCAGAGUGAGUCCAGUCACCAGCCCUUCAAAGAGCGCCUGGCUGCUUUGGGGAAAAUGAAGAGCACAGAAGAUCUGCCAGUAGGUGCACAGUCCGUGGACAAGAAGGAUGCACAAAGUAACCUAGGUAAACCCCCCACCAACAAUAUUGAGAAAAGCAAGACCGCUGAAAGGCAAGGUGAGAGAACUGGAGCAGAGCAGCACAGAAAUCAGAAAUCCACUGAUUCCCUGGAAGGGAAGCCCUACCCCAAAACCAGCCUCGGCAGUCACACUAGGGUGAUAGGUCCAAUACAUGAAUCGGGCACCAAAUCCUCAGCCACCCCAUCAUUGAUACCCAAGGGCGAGCAGGAGACACCGUUUUCUCCCAGGAUAUAUGUAGCAAAAKCAGAGGGUCCAAAGAUCAAGAUGGGCACAUCAUCCUCCAACACAGAGACUCCUCCAGUGGUUCGCAGCUAUGGGAAAUGCCCCAUCACCCAGAGCCACCACAGUAAAACUGCCYCCAGCCCACAAAACAGUCCCACUAAAGUCCCGUCAAAGUCCCCUUCAAAGGUAGGUCAAGCUUCCUCUUAUCCCAGAGGGGUCAAACCCAUUCCUGAGGACCGUGCCCUGGCUCACAGAAACCCACAUCGGCCGGAAGACAAAACCAAGCUCCCGGCCGGCAAGAAGAAGACCUUUGGCCAUGCAGAGAGCUUCCCGCCUCCCCCUCUGCCACCACGGCCAUCUACUGAAGCCAUCGCAAAAGAGGACAAAAAGCCGUACUCGUCUGGCCCACCCGUGCUCCAGUCUGCCAUUGAGCAGAAGGUAAUGCGUGGCAUCAAGGAAAACAUGCUGAAGCUGCAGGAGCAGGACCGGGGCCAGGUGGCCGAGCCAAAGCAGAAGGCCUCCAAUGGCAUCGCCAGCUGGUUCGGCCUGAGGAAGAGCAAGCUCCCCGCCCUCAGCCGUAAACCAGAAGUGUCCAAGCUCAAGAACAACAUGUCGUCCUCUCCUUCGUCGUCCUCUGCCUCCGGCGGAGGGGCUAAGGACUCUAAGUCAGGUGGGCCCCGGAAGGUGGUGGAGAGCCUGAACAUCUCCAAGCUGAUGGAGAAGGCAGAGGACCUGCGGAAGGCGCUGGAAGAGGAGCGGGCAUAUGUGAACAGGGUCGGGAUGGACCUCUCUGGCAGAGGCCACUCUUGUGAGGUGGUGAUGGACCAGACCCAGGGCCAACUGUCACUCAUGUACAGAGGAAUGACCGCAGAGAACUUCAUGCAGCAGCUCCUCAACAGUCCCUCGACGUCUUGUUCUGGAAACAGGGUGGAAGAAAGGGGAGCUAUACCUACCACCUUUGGAAUGACACACAGACACCUCUCCUUUGACUCUAAGAGGUCGCGACCCAACUUCAGUCACCAGAGGAACGGGAUCAGCCACACCAAGAGCAGGGACGAGAUGGCCCAGGGUUCAGUUAUGAUCGGCAAGGAUGAGGUCACAUCAGAAGAGAGCUUGGCAGAGUCCAUUAGUUCUCAGCAUUUCACAGGUUCUGGGGCCUCCAUGCGCACCCUCGACAGUGGCAUUGGCACGUUUCCCAUGCCAGACUACGCCAGUAGCAUGGCAGGGAAGAGCUUCCCUAAGGGGAAGCCACAGGGAGAGCAAGGGUUUUCUUGCUCACAGGGGAAACAUGGGGCCAUGAUGAAGGUUCCGCGUAAAGCCCAUACACUGGAGAAAGAGCUGUCAUCUCUGGAUGAAGUCAACCCGUUUGUCCUGUAUGACUCAGGGCUGGAGGGAAAAGGUACCAACAUGCACCUGUCCAGUACAAUCCACAAGGAUAUAGAUGCCUACGGAGCUCAUAUGCAAAAUCCCCUCACCAAGAACUGGACCUUUCCCAAUCUGAAAGGCUCUGCGGGAGCCACUGAUGUUUACCUGGAUGUGCAGGGAGACCUGGGGACCCCAUCCAGAAGGAGUUUGAAACAGUGUGCCCCCCAGCGCCCCCUGGCCACUGACCCAGGCAGCCUCCCCCUGCCACUCCAGACAGGGCUCAGCCGGCGGGGUAAGGGGCGGACGCCCAGCGCCUCGGAGGUGGGGAAGGACGGAGGGCUGGAGCUGGUGAAGGAGAGACCAGAGGACCUCCAGUCCCUGAGAGAGACGCCUGAAUCCCUCAGUGACUCCCUCUAUGACAGCCUGUCCUCCUGUGGCAGCCAGGGCUAGGACCCAGGGACAGAUAGGGGAGCAGAGGGAGAGAUAGACCAACCGACACCCUUUAAACUACGGUUAAUGAUGCACGUCCAUCCCUCCUUGUGAUGGUGGCCCAGCCCAUAAGGCAGACCAAGUUGAAGUACCUCCUUCCCUCUUCCACACACACCGCUCUCUCUGCUGACCCUGUCUACUUUGCUGAGAUUUGAUUAGUACUGCUGGAAAACUCACCCUCAGGUUGACUGAUGUUCACACACACACACCAUUUGUGGAACUAGACUGAGAAUUGGGCACUGUUGUUCUCCAAACAACAAGCAUCUGAUGACAGACCAGCUCAACUCAAAUGUACACACUGAUGAGAUACAUGGGAAAAUAGCACCUCGUUCGAGACAGCCACACGAUCACCAUGGUCUGGAUAAUCUGAAGAAUUGUUGUUAAAUAAUUUAACCAGGCUCCUGAAGUCGGCCCCAAGAAGUGGCUGGUAUCAGGGGUUUUUCAAGUCUGUCCUGGAUGUGGACAUGUUUCAGUCAUGGAAAACUGGCCAGCCAUUAAUGCCAGAAAACAACCACAUUUUACUGCCCACUAAAUAUGUCGCAAUGUGGGGAUCGACUAUAAUAGACUUCCCUGUUUUCAGUUAUGUUCUUUUUUUUAACUGUUGUGCUUUGUUACAUGUUAUAUAUCAUGUAAUUUUAUGUUAAAUAAAAAAGUGUGGGUAUGAAUGGAA